AUGAAACUGAAUGGAUAAAAUUUUGUUCAUCCCUUAUUUUUUUUAUGAUAAAUUUACAACUAAAGAUAACACACUUUGUAUUUUAGCAUUAGUUGAACUGCAUUAUUUAUUAAAAGAUCAUCAAUAUGAAAAAAUGAAGAUAAAAUAGAGGUAAAACACCCAUCGUUCUUUUAUCCGUGUUGAGCCCUAAUUCCCCUUCUCCGUCGUCUGCAUCUUCAAUUCCAGAGUUUGAGGACACAACAGCAGAUUUAAGAAAAGGAUGGAUAGCACCGUGGAUGCGUCAGGGGAACCAAUACCUACAUCGUCGGUGUUGAUGGCAGCUGCGAAGCAUAUAGGGAUUCGGUGUCGUGGUGAGAACAUAGCAUUUUUGAAGUGCAAGAAGGAUGAUCCCAACCCCGAGAAAUGCCUUGAUAAAGGACGUCAAGUAACUGAAUGCGUGCUUCAUCUGCUGAGAGAUCUCCACCAGAACUGCAACAAAGAAAUGGAUGCUUAUGCUGGAUGCAUGUAUUACCACACAAAUGAAUUUGAACUUUGUCGCAAGGAGCAGCAGUCGUUUGAGAAAGCAUGUCCCUUCUGAUAAGUAUCAAGAUCCUCCAUCUUAUGAGUUUGUGAUAAUAAAACCACCGUGCAGAUUUUUCUGUUCAAUCUACUUGAAUUGAUUUUUUCCUUUGUAUGGUAUCAGAAAACUCUUCCCUAUUAUGGAUGGAAUGCCAUGCCCAGGGAACCUCUUUCCUAUAUCAAGACAUGUUAAGCUUUUCGUUUUCGUGUUAGAGUUGAUUUCCCUGAUCUCGUUGCUAAUAUUCUCAUAUUUGUUUUGGUAUGAAAGAGUACCGGGUGCAGUUGCUUUGUUCA